GGGUGUGGAGCUGGCUGAAGUGGGAGACGGAGAUGAUGACGAGCAGGUUCAGGGCUACGGUGACCACAGUGAUGGAGGCGAACAGCGCGUAGAGGCGGACGGCCUCGGAGCGAGGGCGCAUUACGCCGCUGCAGGAUGAGUUCAGCAGGUGGGGGAAACACAGCUCAGGCUGCAGACCGUCCAUCGUCCAGCACCGUAAAACAGAGCAGUUGGAGCAGCUGCGUGGUCGUAACACGUAGCAGAGCUCCUCUAUGUGUGGCAGAGCUCCUGACUCCUCCUGAACUCCCCACCCUCGCCUGCUCUGCUCAUUCCCCGGCUGUCUCCUAUCUGCUCUCCCUCUCUCCUCUCUACUUACUCUGCCUCUCAUUCAGACCCCCCCCCUCCACUUUCCUCCUCCUCCCCCUUCAUCCACAGGUUAAUGAUGUGGGUUUCAUGUAGCUUCUCAGAGCUUUAAACUUUAAAACAUAAUCAUCCAUGAACCAGUGACUUCUCCAUCUGUGAAAAGCAGAUGGGGAACUUAAUCACAGGCAGUAAGGAUCACGAUAUUAUUAAACGCUAAAACAUAAACAAAACCAAAUAUAUCCAUGUUUUUAAAUUUGAUUAACAAUAUUGUUUUUUAUUCUAACACUUGGUUGAGGCCUCUAAAGUGAUUAGGAGGUGAUGCAUUUCAUUGUAAUUAAUACAAACUGCUCGAAACACAAGUGUUUUUCAGUUUUAACUGUAUUUCUGCAAACUGCAACAAAAGUGUUAAACGCCGACAACUCCUAAAAGAGGAUGUGGUACAGACAAACCUGCUGUUCCUACCAUCAGUACGCUGAUGCGGUGGGCCCUGGGUUCCUCCUGGUGGCCAGAGUGUGAAGGAAGUUCCUGACGAAGACUUUGGUUUUGAAUGUGAUUUUGAAUUAACUAAACACCAGUUUAAUUGCAUAUUGUUCCAAUUUUCAGUUUAUUGAAACAAAUCAUUUCAUCUGAAUUCCAAGGCCGUGUGUGUAGAGCAUGGACAGGAGGAUGGUUAAUGAAUCCUAGCCUGUAUAAUGACCCAAUGUGCGAAGACCAGACUGUUUAUACAUUGUAUAAUUAUUUAUUGGAUGUGAAGCAUCUGCCUCUGAUAUAUUUCUGUCUCUCAGUGGUUCUGUAAGGCUUUGGCUGGGCCACUCACAGAUGGUCCAGCUUAGUGCUGGGGUUCUUGUUCACCACCAUCUGGUCAGAUAGUCCUGUUCAGGUUGAACCCUAGAAAGAAUUGUGGGAAGAUUUGUGGUAGUUUAAAUGUCUUUAUUCAAUACAACGUACAAUUUACCACCACUUAUUUUAACAAGAAGUCAACAGUCCAUCUCUGGUUGUGUCAGUUGUCGUGUGUCAUCCCUUCACAGUUAAUUCUUUUCAUUUGCCACCAUUUGUAUCACUUCUGCCUUGUUAGUUACUUUGUGAAUGUCAGCCAUGUUUUCUGAACCAGCUUGAGUGUAAAGGGAUCAUGGUUGCAUCAUGUGUUGAUGUGAAAAUGUGUUUGUUAACACCUUAGACUGAAAUCCACCUGUGGCUUAAUGUGUAUUAGACAUUAUUUCAAGGUGUGAACGUGUCCCUGUGGUACAGAGCACAACUUGUUUGUUCAACAAACCUGAAUCUAAGGUGUCCUCAGAGGAGAGUGCUUCUGAAAAUAAGCUACACAAAACAUUUAUUUACAAUAUCAUCAAGUUUAAAUCAAACUUAUUAGAAUCUUUAUGUUUAUCCUUUCUGUGUGUAUGGUUCUGCUGGGGCAUCUUUACGGGGCUCCGCAUCACACACUAUUUUUAACAUAACACACGGACUUGUUCUUUGCUGCUCUUAUGUUGCCUUAUAUAUUCUUAAUACACAAUCGUUAUAACUCAUGCCAACAUCAACUCGAGUUUCAACUUAGAUACGUCAUGAGGUCUAAGACAGUGUCGUUGCCCCGAUCUACUGCCCUCCUUUGACCCAUUGCUUCCUACCUAUAAAGAUUCAAGAUUCAAAAACCUUUAUUAGUCCCAGAGGGAAAUUAUUUUACACACAUUGAUCGCUGUCACAGUUGGAGGUACACGCAAGAUGGUAGGGAGAUUAAAAAAAAGAAUAAGUAUCCAAAUAAAAAAUAUUAAGAGAAUAAUAAGGAAAUAAGGAAAGCUCCAGAGCCAGAUGGAUUCCCAGCUGAAUUUUAUAAGGAGUUCUGGUCCAUGCUGGCACCCAGCUUUUACAAAAUGGUACUUGAAGUUAAACAACAGCAUUCCAUACCCACAAAUAUGAAUCCUGCCUUCAUAAGCCUGCUCCAAAAACCAGGAAAAGACCCUACACUUCCAUCAAGUUACAGACCAAUUUCACUAAUCAAUGUAGAUUUAAAAAUUGUAUGUAAAACACUUGCUAGUGCUUGCUGCAAUCUGAUCAAACAGGCAACAUUAAAGGUAGACAGUCAACAAACAAUUUGAACAGAUUAUUCAAUUUAAUGGAUUAUGUCACCACCCAUAAACUAGCCUUUGUCUCCUUAGAUGCAGAAAAAGUUUAUUGGGAACUCAUUCGUAUACUGGAUUCAAAUAUUAUACAGCUCAGCAAACGUCGCAGUCAGAACAAACAACCAGACCUCGCCAAGGUUUAAUCUGCAUAGAGGGACAGGACAGGGCUGCCCACUUUCUCCAUCACUAUUUGCAGUAUUUGAUGAACCUCUAGCCGCAGCAAUAAGACAGCAUGAAGGAAUUACUGGAAUAUCGACCAAAUCAGUAAAUAAUACAUUUAUAUGCUGACGAUGUGUUGCUGUUCCUCCUGGAGCCACAGACGUCUCUUCCUACAACUAUCAGCCUCAUAGAUGAAUUCUCAGCACUUUUAGAAUACUCUAAUGACUGGACAAAAUCUAUAGUGCUACCACUUAACUUUAAAGCGAAUAACAUAUUUUCUACCACACUCCACUCAGGGAACAUUUAAAUACUUAGGCAUUGAAUUGUCGUCUAGGCUGUCAGAGCUUAUUAUCUAGAAGCCAACCUCAAAAGAUGGCAGUCCUUACCCAUUUCACUUAUGGGAAGAAUUGCCACUAUAAAAAUGAUGAUCCUGCCAAAAAUUAAUGACAUAUUCUCCAUGAUUCUGACUCAGCCAGGCCAGGUGUGGUUUAAGACAUUAGACUCCUACAUCUCUCAGUUUUUGUGGAAAACCAAGCUAUAAGGUAGCCAAAGUAGCCAAAGGAAUACAGAAAGAUGCAGAAUAGAGAUAAAUGUGCAAAAUAAUUACAAGGAGCAUAAGAUAUAUUUACGAAUUUACAGCUCAGACACAGACACAGUCAGUGUUGCACUUAAAUUUGUGCAGAAUUAGAACAAACAUGUGGCAUGUAAGAGAACAUCAGAUCUACAACUCACAUAUACAGUACAGUACUUCAGGUGUUCGGGCUAAAGUGACAAAGAAAAAACAGUUCUUAUUUGUAAUUAUACACUUUUCAUACCUAUCUGUUUUUGAACCCUAUCUAAUCAGUUUCAUAGAGUUGUUUUCUGUGUGAAUCAAUGAAGCUCUGUCUGUGAGUGGGCAGGAGCACAGUCCUGCUGCUGUCCUCCUACUGGCUCAGGCAGUGAGUGGGAAGCAGCUGGAAUGAGACCUCAGCCAAUCAGAGACAGCACUACAGUGUGUAGGAGACAGAGUCUGUCCACAUGUAGAACAUGUUUCCAACUUGUUUCGUUUAAUGUCCAUGGGGACAGACCGAACAGGACUGAGACUGGACCAUGUCUCAGAAUCAUCGUUAUAGACUGCUACCCUAAUUUCUGUUGAGAACGGAUCUGACACUGGUUCAUAACAUCAAUCCUUAAGAACUUGACGUGUGGAUCUUAACGAGGAACCUUAAAGUGGGACAGAAGAGACAACGGACAGACCUCAAAGUGAACCUUGAGAUCUUCAGAGACAUGGAUGGUCCAAGAUGUGAAUCGGUUCUUACCAAAGGAACUAAGUGGCUGUGUGCGUUUGCCCUCAAUCACUUGCUAACUGGAUUUCCUGGGUUGUGAUUGGUUAUCAUGAUGAUGAUGAUGGUUAUGCUGUGGAGUUGAUUGGAUGACUGUUCCAGACAGAGGACUGUGAUUGGACAAAGAUGUUUGGUACAAAGACCAUGAGCUUAGGGGGACAGGUCUCUCAACCGUCUUCCCCUCCUCGUUCUCAACGGCGUCCCCCAUCGACCCCACCCCUACCCCUCAGACGUCUGCAGCUUAUGGCUAAGCAGCCGGAGACACUUGUUGUGUUACGGGGAGGAAAGAAGGUGAAAGGUCAUAGGUCAGGUGUAAGGGACUCCUGGCCCUGCACAGGGCUGAAAAAUCCAAACGCAGAGGCCUGUCUCAGAACCACACGACAAUCACAGCCUCAUUUACCACAGUCACUCCCUGUUAGAGCUCUGCCACCUGGGCGGGGCUCAGACGCCACGAUGAUGUCACUGCUGAUGUUCUGUCACAGUAACAGUCUGAAUCCCAUCGACAACAAGAUUGAGCAGGCUAUGGACCUGGUGAAGAGUCACCUGUUGCUGGCUGUCAGGGAGCAGGUGGAACUGCUAAGGGAACGGAUCCGAGACCUGCAGGAGAAGAACCAGCAGCUGGAGAGAGAGAACCGCAUCCUCAGAGCUCUGACGCACUCUGCACACAGUGCAAUUUAACACAGUCUGAGGAGCCAAGACCCCAAGACCAAGUCUCAACCUGGCCACUAAACACCUCCGAUGGUCUUUGUAGGAUCUGGUACCAGGACCUAAACAAUAGAUGGAUUUAAUGUGCAUUAGACAUUACCCACCACUGUUUACAGUUUUCAUUGGUUCAUGAACAGAUCUACUGCUACUGGCAUGGAGCCGCUCUUCAGGAUUUAGCUACGCAUGAAGACCCAGGCCAGGAUUUCCUACCAACCAGUUUCCUAUCAAGUGUAAAAAGGGAUUUAGCCUAACACUGUUUUCCACAACUUGAGAUUCAAUGUCUGAUUGGUGGUUGGGGGGUGUGGCUUCGCCCCUGGAUCGGUGGAUCUAUAGUAAUAUAGUGUAGCUUGUUACGACGAGGGACUAACAAAUUAAUUAGGUUGAUAUACGCAGAAAUAAGGAACAAUGUCAUAAACAUAGAAGUUAACAAACUGUCAAACAUACGGAUGAAGCAGCAAGAGCUAACAAGGCUUCGAUGGACAGAGUGGUAGUGAACUCAAGAUGAAGCAGGAAAAUAAUGACCACGAUGAGAAGCAUCAUAGGAAAAACAGGAAGUGGACAUUGGACUGAGAUAAUUUGCCAAGAAGGAUUUUCACAGAGGCAGCUGUAUAGUUCAGACAAAUAUUUGUAAAUAAUCUAAUAAGUGGGUAAAAGUAUUGGAAGGCAGAGAUACAGAGGAUGGGAAAUAGUGUGCUGCAAUUUAUGUUAAUAACAAAUAAAUAUGUAAAUAAUUCAUUUUCAUGCCACAACAGGGAACAAAAACAGAGUCAGACCACAUCUAAUAUCUUGGUUGACUUGUACUAACUUGGCAAAUAAAGCUGAAUCAGAUUCAGAUUCUUCAUGUGAUGUAACGAAGGCUUUCUUAAAAUGCUAUGCUGGCUGCUGAAAUGCUAUUGAUUGCGAUACAGAUCAGAACCGCUAAAGUAACAAAUGCCUUUGCUUAAAAAAAUAAAACUGCUGAAAACUUAAAAUGCUGUUCUAGCCUUCCCUGGUGCAACAAACAGCAAGUAACACCACUUUUGACCAAAUACAAAAUCAAAAAAUGUUCUGUUGUUCCAUCUGAUGGUUCUGAUAUGUAACUAUGUUACUGUGCUGUGAUUGGUUGACUCAGACUGAAGUUCCUGGUUGAACACACACAUCCAUGGAUAGAUGGAUUGAUGGAUGCAGAUUAAUUAAAUCUUGGAGAUCAUCUGACCGAACCAGGGUGUGGACCUGCAGUGAGUUCAGCUUCACUCAUGGACUGAUUGGAUCUGAGGUCUGCUGCUGCCUUGAUGCUGCUCCUGGUCCAGUUCAGCGUUUACCUGGUUUAAGGAACCCACUGCUCCCCAUCAGGGGAAAGUUCAAAAUACAGAGAUUAAUUUCCUCAAUGUGGGAUCAAUAAAGUUUCAAUUAAUUAAUUAA